CCCCCCCCCCCCCCCCCCCCCGAAGCGCUGAGAGAGAGAAUUGAAACGUCGGCAGCGAUGGCGAGCACCAAAGUUCAGAGGAUUAUGACCCAACCUAUCAACUUGAUUUUUAGGUUUCUUCAAAGUAAAGCUAGGAUCCAGAUUUGGCUUUUUGAGCAGAAAGAUCUGAGGAUUGAAGGAAGGAUUACUGGUUUUGACGAGUACAUGAACCUUGUGUUGGAUGAAGCUGAAGAAGUGAGCAUCAAGAAGAACACCAGGAAACCACUUGGGAGGAUUCUACUCAAAGGAGACAACAUAACUCUGAUGAUGAACACGGGAAAGUAAUGUCUGUUCUCCACAAACUCUCUCUAGAUGAUUAGUGGAUUCGACUGUCUCCAAAGCUUUUGCUAAAUAUAUGUUGAGUUGAGUUCUUCUUCAGUUAACUGAUAAUGCCUUCUUCUCUUCAUGAUCGUGUAAUAAUAUUGCAAUGUAGUGACAAGUUUGAAAAAUUAUGGAACUUGGUUGAAUCUUAUGGAUGGUAUUGUCCCUUUUGGUUUGAUGUAAUGUGGAGUCCUCGUAGGUUUUCAAAAACAAAAGUGGAGUUUUUAUAUUACAAUUUGAUAAAAACGAUAUUUGUUGCAACUUUUUUUCAGAUGAAAAAUUUAACCAGUUUGAUUUA